CUGGAAAUGGACAUGGAUCCCACUAGUGCUUAUUACUUGGGUGGAUGGUUUGAAACCAGGAUGAAUGACGCUAAGGUAAGGACUAGCUGAAUUUAUGGGGAUUUCACUGGUAAUCUAUUUAAAUGUAAGAUGACUAAAUUAAUCAAAAACAAGCGUGCAUUUCAACACUUUGAGUCGGCUGCACAUCGAGGGCAUACAAAGUCUAUGUUAAAGAUUGCCGCCAUGUAUGAGGUCGGAAAAGAGGCAAUGGAAGAAAAUCCUACUAUGACUCCAGUAUACCCGAGUCGGAACGCUGCGAAGGCUUUUGAAUGGCACAAAAAAGCUGCCGACGGGACAGUCGCGGCAGAUGGGCAAACAAUAGGAGCACCCGAUGCCGAAGCCUGCUAUAUCGUCGGCACCACCUACGCUGCAGGUUCAGAAGAAGCCGAUGUUGUCAAGGACUAUGACAACGCUCUCAUGUAUUUUCAAAAGUGCAUGCUUACCACAGCAGCACAUAUUGACUUUGACUUUUCCCAUGGCGAUGACCCCAACGACCCAUUAUUACAACGCAAGCCACUGCGUAGUUAUCCCCCACACACACGCGAUGAACGGUAUUUCUGCAGUGCAGCUUUUCAGGCGGGGUUGAUUUAUCUAGGAGGAUCUGGAGACCAGGAACAUGCAGCCCUUCAUGUUAACGAGCCAAAUCCUGUUCUGGCAGUCGAAUAUUGGAAACAAAGUGCUAUGCUUGGACAUGCUCAGUCAUGCUUCAACAUAGGCGUGAUGUACGCAAAUGGUAUGGGUGUCACGCAAGAUGUUUGGCAAGCUGGGCGCUGGUUUGGUCGUGCCAAAAAAUUGGAUGGUAUUGGCAAUUUGGAUGUACCACCUGGCGUGGAAGUAGUGGAGUGGCACGCAUCCAGGCCGUCAAGUGACCACCAAAACAAGAAGGCAAGUGACACGCGCAUCUCAGGCUCAACCGGGGCUGCUGGUACUUCAUCUACCAGAAGAAGAAAGAGGAAGUCUAAACGAAGAGGUCGUCAGCAACAACAUGAUCAAGAGCUCGUAAAAUGGGUGCUUGGAGUAGGAUCCGUAGUAGCUGUAGCUGGUGUCAUAACUUGGUGGGCCAUGCGUAAAAAAGAUCAGUAGGAUAAUAUAUUCACCCUACCCAAUUUUUUUCCUUGUUUUCCCUUUUCCUGCCACCCCUACCCAUAAUAGACUUUUUUGUGUAAAGGAAAAUCCACCCUGUGUAAAUUUCCCCACAUCUUUACAACUCUCAUCCCUGACCUCCGUGGUCUUCCCAAAUGAAGAAAAUGC